AUGCCCUCCAAUAAAGAUCGCCUCUACGUCGCGCUGCACGCCCGCUCAGGAGCGCCCAAAAUGCCCGGGAAAGAAGAUAUCUACCACUGGGCCCUACUGAUUGCUCCCAAAACCGAAAGAAAAUCCAGCGUAUGUCUACACUACGAAGCGAAAGAGCGCCCGAAAACAGAAGGCACCUGGGAGUGGUUUUUCGCGGAGUCGACGCGCUCGGUUGGGCCGACGGAUAUGCUGCUCGUGCGGAUCAUGGUUGCGAAGAUAAUCGAUAAAACUGACCUGGUGGGUGUUCUACGGGAGACGCCGGUUAGACAGGAUACCCCGGGAUGGAACUGCGUGGGCUGGGUGAAGGAAGCGCUGGAGAGGGUCCAGGCGAACGGGCAGAUGGUGGGGAGACAAAUGUUGGAGUGGGAAGCGAUCAGGAAUGAGGCAAUGCGGUACUGUCAGAUGAAGCGAGAUCAGCAUCGAUUUGAUGGGAAGGGUUCUUUUGAUAUCCAGACUGUUCCGACAUUUGAUUUGAUUGAGGGGAGGGAGAUUGUGGUUUAA